GGAUGAUGGUAGCUGGAAAUAACCAUAUGAUCCAACGGUCUCUGGCCAAGGGGAAGCGCCUCCAACAACUCGCAGAGCAGCACAAUUGGUCCCAGGAGGACUAUCACCAGGCUAAUGAGCUGAUCGGAGAGCCCACUCCAUAUGGUCUUCACGCGACCAUGUUCUUGGUCACCCUCCGAGAACAAACUACCCCCGAACAGAAGAAGCUUUUAUUGCUUUGAGUUCACCGGUCAAUCCGUGCUAGGAUG